UCUUUUCGCCACUCCUCCAGGACUUCCACCGUAAGGAAAGGAGCACCUGGACCAACAUCCUCUAAGAUGUUUAUAUGGACCAGUGGCCGGACUUCUUCAUCUUACAGACACGAUGAGAAAAGAAAUAUUUACCAAAAAAUCAGGGACCACGACCUCCUGGACAAAAGGAAAACUGUCACAGCACUGAAAGCAGGAGAGGACCGGGCCAUUCUCCUGGGACUGGCCAUGAUGGUGUGCUCCAUUAUGAUGUACUUUCUGCUGGGGAUCACACUCCUGCGCUCAUACAUGCAGAGUGUAUGGACCGAGGAGGCUCAGUGCACCUUGCUGAAUGCGUCCAUCACAGAAACAUUUAACUGCUCCUUCAGCUGUGGUCCGGACUGCUGGAAACUCUCUCAGUACCCCUGCCUACAGGUGUAUGUUAACCUGACUUCUUCCGGUGAAAAGCUCCUUCUCUACCACACAGAAGAGACAAUAAAAAUCAAUCAGAAGUGCUCCUAUAUACCUAAGUGUGGAAAAAAUUUUGAAGAAUCCAUGUCCCUGGUGAAUGUUGUCAUGGAAAACUUCAGGAAGUACCAACACUUCUCCUGCUACUCUGACCCGGAAGGAAACCAGAAGAGUGUCAUCCUAACCAAACUCUACAGUUCCAACGUGCUGUUCCAUUCGCUCUUUUGGCCAACGUGUAUGAUGGCUGGGGGCGUGGCAAUUGUUGCCAUGGUGAAACUCACACAGUAUCUUUCCCUGCUCUGUGAAAGGAUCCAACGGAUCAACAGAUAAAAUCAAAGUGGAUGAGAUCAUUUUCUUUAAAGCUCAAAUACUGUUUUCUUUCAUUCUUCACCAAAGAACCUUAAGUUUGUAAUGUGUAGUCUAUGAGUUCCUUAAUAUAUUCUUAUACGUAGAGCAAUAAUGCAAAAGCUGUUCUAUAUGCAAACAUGAUGUCUUUAUUAUUCAGGAAAAGAAACAACUGUUUUUUGUUGGUUGGGUUUUUUUCUUAAUCUUGGUUCUAUGCUGGAACUAGUACUUCCUUCUCUCCUUCUGCCAAAAUCGGGCUCAGUUAUUUAUUUGCCAAGCUUCAUGGAGGAAUAUAGGCAAUAUCUGUGACAAGAUCUGUGCUCUGAGUUGUCAGAUCUCUUGAUAUUUCUGCAAUAUUUUUUGUCAUUCAUUGUUUACUAAAGCUGCAGCCAAAAAUAUUUUUUCUUUCCUUACUCUAAACUGAGCCCUGUAGCAAGUGAAGGGACCAGAUUUCCUAACUAAAGGAUGUUGUGCGUUUUCCUUGUAUUUCUACCAUAUCACUGUAAAGAAGAGGGGAAUCCCAGCAGCUAUUUUUUCUUUUAUUACUUUAUACUCAUAACUUUAGAUUUUUUAACUGAUUUCCAAAAAAAUAAGCUGUUUUCAUUAACCAAUUCUAUAAUCUCUUCCUGUGAUUUAAUAGAAAAUGAACAGAGCCCUUUUCCAUGUAAGACCCUGCUACUGUGUGAGAAACUAACAUUUACCAGGAGUUUCAUUACCUAUGAACUGACAAGGUUGAAUACAAUCCAGGAAAGUCUAUGUUACUAAGAUAUUUGUGUGAAAAUCUUUAUUCCAUUUCAAUUGAACUGUUAAAAUUAAGAUCUUACUUCCUGGUCAAGGCUAGUGAACUGAUUUCAAUGGAUAAAUCUAUCACGGCAAAUUAACAUGUUGGAAUAUUGCUUUCAAGAAUUCAUGUUUAAAUUAAUGAGUAUGUAGUCUCUCUUUCUCACAAGAAUACCCCAUUGGGAUUUUUAAAUUAUAGCACAGAAUAUUUGUCUCAUCUACAUGCUUUACUUUUCUAUUUACAAUUCUCUUUUUUAUUGUUAGGUUUUAUACACAAUUUUUUCCCUAACACACACUUGGACUGAAUAACAGAUUUAAAGGAACUUUUGUUCACACUGCCAUUCACAUUGUUUUUGGAGUGGGGCGGGGGAAGAAAAAAUGAGGAACUGGUUUUAGACAAAAACAUUCCAUCUUUUAUUUAACAUCAAUAUCAAAAGAAGAACAAACAUCUAUCUUUCUCAUCUGUAUUUAAGUACCUUUUUAUAUAUAAGAACCUUUUAUAAUCAAGGUUUUCUAGGUAUUGCAGAAUUUUACAAAUCAUAUGUGUGGAAUGAAUAGUGAAACUAACCUGAUGAAAUAGAAAAGAUUCUGCAACAUUGUAAUUCUUAGUUUAAUUUUCAAAAACAAAUAAAUCCAUAGGGUAUAAUCAGGACUUCAAAUGCGUAACUAAAACUUAAAAAAAAAUC